AUGAACGUUGGCGAGACAGUGCAGGCCGGCGACGGCGUCGGCGAGGUCGUUCAAGUCCACGCCAAGGGCCGCGCUGUGCUUCUCAAGUCUUCCGCAACGCAGCACACGCGCUGGUACUUUGCGCACGAGCUGUCGCCGGUCGAGCGAUCGGUCGCCUUGGCGCCGGAGCGCUUUCCCACGCCGCUGCAGACGUUCAGCGUCCAGCCCAGCGACACGAGCAACGAGAACCUGGUCGUCUUCUUGCAUGGCCUCGGCGAUACGCAUGCCGCAUCGUUCGCGCUCGGCCAAGCCAUGGCACUGCCCCAGACAGCGCUGCUCUCGAUGCGGGCGCCGCAUGCGCUGCCCUUUGACUUGGGCUACUCGUGGUACCAUGCGCUGGACGACCAAGGAGACGUGCUUCCGACCGGUGUCGCGCACACGGCUCGCGAUCAGAGCAUGGCCGAGCUGCUACCGAUGCUCCACGAGACGCUGCGAGUGCUGCAUACGGUCUACGGCUGGCCGUACAACCGCCUCUUCCUCUUUGGCCUCGCCCAGGGGGCCCACGCGGCGCUUUCCGUCGCAACGACGUUCCCGGAGCGCCUUGGUGGCGUCGUGAGCCUCUCUGGCGGCCUCCUCUCGCCGCCGCUUCCCGCGUUCAAGCAGCACACGCCUGUGGUAUUGCUCCACAGCAAGAACGACCCGUUGGUCUCGGCGUCGGCGUGGGCAGCGUGCCACGCCGGCUGCCAAUCGGCGCUCGGUCGGGUCGAAACGCACGUGUUUGAUGUACCCGGUCCGCUCUCGCUGGCGACACGCGAGGAGAUGCACCCGGUCAUGGCCUUCUUCGCCGAGUCCCUCUACCUCCGCAACCUCGCGCUCGAGCAGCAGGCCGACAUUAUCGAAGUCAAGUAA